AUUGCUCUCUUUUUACUGAUUCGUCUGUCAACAAAUGGCGACAAUUGCAAGGACAGUCAGGGCUGUUGCUCCACAUGUGCCAAAAAUAAAAUUUCCACAAAGAAAUAAAGCAGAUUUUUCCUUCAAACAUGAAGUGCCAGUAGUAUCUUCUGUUACACAGACAUUAUCUCCAGCAGCUGGUAGAUCAUCUUCACAAGGAGGACAUGUGAUAGACUUUUCUGAUUUACCACUCCGGUAUCAAAGAAAACCAAUAAGCCAAGAGGAAAUGGAAUAUAUUGAGAGAGGAGGACCUGAUUGAUGUCACUUGCUAAAUGGAUUGUUACAGAUGAAUUUUAUAUUUAUUUACAUGAUAUAUAAGUAAUAGAUGAGAGGCAUAUGUUAGAAGUACGAAUGUGAAUUUUUCAUUAAAAAAAAUUAAACCCUCA